GAGAAAGGGGGAUUUUUGUGGGAGAGAGCAUACAGGAUACUGCUGCAGUCCUCUUUGAUGCAUUGUUUUCUUUGUUAAAGUAAAUCCUCCGUCUCUGGCAGGGCCCUGGAAGGAUGUGCAUGGUCAGCAAACCAGUCAGAGGUUCCUGAUCUGAUGGUGCCUGGGGGGAUAUGCAGCUGAUGGUGUGAUCCAGAGUGACACUGGAGGACUAGUUCUUACAAGCAAGAUUCUGGAUCACUUAUCUACAAAGGAAGAAUUCCUAGGAUCUGUUCUGCUAUUACAACCUUAAAGCAAAAUGCUAGCCACUGCGUUCUCAUCCCUCCCUGCCUGCCACUUAAACGGCGAGUACUAACAAAUCCUUCAGGACGCGACUAGAGCCAGCGUGUUGAAUAAUCACAGGCGAUCAGGCUGUGGGCUUGCAGCAGCAGCUUGCUGCCUCGUGACAUCACUCCUGGAGCUCAAAUCCCACUCUGAGCUCCCUCCGUUAGUCGGUCCGUUGGUCUGUCUGCUCACACAGAGCUACGGACCUCACACGCCGGGCAGGCAGCUCCCCCAGGCAAGGCUCAAGAGCUGCUGGGAGAGGAGAGGGGGUAAGAGACAGUGUGAAGAGCGAUUAGUGGGGAACGGAACAAAACAGCGGAGCUACAGCAUGAAAUUCAUCUGUGCUUAUUACUUGCUGCCUCUUUUUCCUGCACUAGUCUUCAGCAGUAGACAGGGCUAUGAAGAACUGGAGAGACAGCUGAAGGAAGUCUUUAAGGAAAGGAGCAAUAUCCUUCGUCAAUUGUCGAAGACUUCUAAAGAACUUGAGGGAAUUAAAGUAAACCUCCAGUCUCUGAAAAGUGAUGAAGCAUCAGCCAGAGGUGAUGUGCAGAAACUUCUGGAAUUGGGCCAAAAGCAAAGGGAAGAAAUGAAGUCUCUCCAGGAGGCCUUUCAAAAGCAGCUUAAUGAGGCAGCUGAGAAAGCAGAAAAGCAGCAAGCUACCAUUAACUUUUUGAAGACUGAAAUGGAAAGGAAAAGCAAAAUGAUCCGUGACCUCCAAAAUGAGAACAAAAGCCUCAAAAACAAGCUUCUGUCAGGAAACAAACUUUGUGGUAUUCAUGCAGAAGAGUCAAAAAAGAUUCAAGCCCAGCUGAAAGAGCUUCGAUAUGGGAAAAAAGAUUUGAUUUUUAAGGCACAACAGCUAACAGAUCUGGAGCAGAAACUAGCAGUUGCAAAGGAUCAAUUGGAAAAGGCAGCACUUGACAAAGAGUCACAGCUGAAAGCUCUGAAGGAAACUGUGCAGCUUUGCCUGUCUUCUGUUCUGCACAAUCAGCCUCCUGCUAUGAAUCGAAUGCCUACAAAACCAGCUGCGAAGCUGACACCCCUAGCUACAAAGGGCUCAAAAGUUCCAUUUCAAGUGACAAGCACCAAGCAAAAUGCUUCAGCAGAGAAACAGAAUCUUCACAUGACCUCAAGAAAGGAAGAAAAUCAGAGCAUCCAGGAGUGCGAUUCUCGAGAUGUUGGCAAGACAUGUUUGGGGAAUCGCAAUAAUUCAACAUCUCGUUUGAAGACAGCUGAAACAGAGAGAAGCUUUCAGCAGAAGUUGCACAGCCCUCCGUGGACUAAACCUGAAGAUAAAAAAUCAUCUGAGAGAAAUGAGAAAAAAAAUGAAGAAUCAGUUAGUACAAAAGAAAGAAAAAUUUAAAUGCUACUAAUAUACAUGUAAUAAUGCUCAUUACUUGCUUUCAUGUUCAUAUUAUUUUUAGUCCAGAGGCAUGAAUAGUACCAGGUUUAUAAAGCAUGCAUUUUUCACUAUUUUAUGAAUGUUUGUAAAUUAGUCUAGAAUAGACCAAUUAGUACCUUUCAGCAAUAAUCCAAAAUGGAUAUUUGAAGAAAUGCUUUGUAAUACAGUCCAGGUUUUGAACUAUUAUUCUACUUGAUUAGUAAUUGCAUAUUAUAAAUUAGUUUCUUUGUAAAAAGAAAUUACCAUUCUCAAGUAUUUUCUCAGUCUGUUCUAUUUCAUGUACAUUUAUGGCAAGUUAGGUUUUAGAUCAAGAAUAAAAGGGUAGCUAAAAAAAAAUCUGUGUAAACAUAGAUAAAAUACAAUGCAGCUCGUAAGAGCAACUGUAAAAAUGGGACAGUAGGGCUCCAUGUAUAUUUAACUUUACAGUAAUACCAUUGCAAAUCUGCUAACUUAAACAAUAAAAAGUGUUUGGUUGUUUUUUUCCUUUCCUUUUUUUUUUUUUUUUUCCCUCUACCUGCUAUCACAAUUAGUCCUAUUUUGAGAACUGAACUGUUGGCAGAAAUGAAGAGUUAAAGGGAUGGAGAUAGGAAGAGUCAUGGCAUUUAGGAUCCAAGCAAAAAUUUUGCAGGUGGACCCAAGUAAAAAUUUCUUAGCUUGGGUACCCAUCCUGGAACUUCAGUUCCAUCUCUUAUAGUCGGGCUGACCUCUGCAAUAUAAAUAUACUUUAAAUGGUGAAAACACAUUUUGACCACUGUAGGUGGAAUUUUGAUCACUACAGCAAAGAUGAGCAUUUUGGUUAGCGUGUGCUCUGUGACUUUUAUGAUUCUUCCAGUUUCUUAUGGGCAACAUACUCUAUUACAAUGAGUUUGAAAGCAGAAAGGAAAGGAAAAGGAAGAAAAGCAAGGUAGAAUGCCGUCUUUGUGUACACAUCGCUGUUGAUCUAAUUUAGGAAUUCGUGUGUCUCAUAUGAUUGAGAUGAAAAUCUUUCAAGAACUAGUGCCUUAGGAACAAUUCACUGUCUGAUGCAGUGCUUUUGUGCUUUCCUCUUGCAUGAGGUGUUUUAAAAAGCUGUAACUUGUAAACUCCCAGCUCGCUCUUACAACACACAGCAGUGAAUUACAACUGUUACUGGAUUGAAAGCAGUUUGCUUAUAUUAGCUUGCUUUUCCUUGCUUUUGAAUCAGUUCAAAAAGUAAAUAGACAAUGUUUCAUUCAGUUUAGUGGUAUUCUCUGUCCUGGUUUUAGCUGUUUAGAUUUUAUCUGUCUUUGAACAGCCUCAUCCAAAAGCUGUCCGUUCCUCUCCAGUGUGAAACGCAUUUCACUCCGACAUUUUGCAUGUGUUCCUCUACUCAGAAGUGGAUAUUGCAGAGCGGUAGGUUCUUCUGCCUGGAGAAAUCUCAACAAUUUUGAAAAGAAAAGAAACUUGUGAGCUGAUUAAAUAAUGGCAAAGUCACACUAUUAUCAAAGAAAAGAUUAUCCAUGUAAAGUGUCGAAAAAAUGAAAUCCUGGCCACAAAGAUAAUCAGAUCAGAGAUGCUUGUUUUCACAAUUGAUCCUGACCAGCAUCAUCAAAUCCCACCUAUCAAAUAUAAUAUGAUUUUGUUGCAGGUGGUCUGGGCCUCAUAGCAGUCAUUUGCUGCAUUUCAGUUAAAGCUACAACAUAUCUGGCUGAAGAUAGUCUUCUGUUUUUCAAAAUUUCUUGUAAACAAGAGAAUUGCGAUCCCAUUGUAUCUACAGCCAGCAUCUAAUUCCUAGUUCAUUGUCAAAACCAGAACCUCUUUGUGUAUGGCACACAUUAAUUGAAAUACGUGAGGUAUGGACUGAAAAGGCCAUUAAAACUGUUUCAGACAUCCAUCUAGAAAGGGCAUAAAUCUUCAAGUGUAUGUCCCAGACGAAUGAGGUAAGCUGUGCCACUUGGCAUUCAUUUUAAUUUUCUGAAGAAUUCAGCAUUGCUGGUGGCACAGCUACUAUUAUUAUGGCUGCAUAUUGCUCCUGUGCCAAGAGACAGCUUGGGGUUGGUGACUACAACAUGAAAAAGCACACCUUAUAAAUCAACAGCAAUCUAGCUUUUUUAUUUUUGUAUGCAUGUAUGCUUUGAGUUUUGUACUUUUUUUUUUUUCUAAGCGAUGGUGAAGAUAGAUGAGAGAAAGCCAAAUAUAUAUCAAAUAUCUAUCAAAUAUACAUAGGUGGAUAUCCUUGCUUAUCUUUAUACCAGUCGUUUUUAGAAUAAUUGACAUAGUGAUUCUGAAUUAAGAAAAAUAAUGAAGGAUAAAUAGAUUUUCUUAUCCGUGUAUGGUAUAUCUAGUAAAUUUCCUUGGUAUUUUUUAAGUUGGGCUAUUCUGAAUGUUCUAGUCUUUCACUGAGAGGGUGGGACACAUCUAAACUGAUGUCCUUCAUGGUUAUAUGCAUAUACAGAGAGAGAACUACAAUGCAAAAAGAUAAACAUCUUAGUUGGAGAGGAAACUUCUGUUCAGUUUACAGGUGGGGAAAAAAGGUUUUGAAAAGACAUCAGAAUGUAUGAGAAUUUCUGUGGAGAAAGGAGAUUUUGAAAAAUCUUUGAAAAGGGAAAAAACAAACAAACAAAUAAUAAAAAAAAAAAAAAAAAAAACACAACUCACAAUAAUGCUUUCUUGUUUUAAAAUUGCUUGUAACCAGAAAAAAAGUGUAUAUGUUUUCCCUCAGUGGAUCAAUAACCAUUCUUUCAUUCCAGCCACGAGUAUGAGUAGUUUCACAUCCCAGCACUGGGAUGAAAAUAAACAGACCUUACUGUUUCCUCUGAUUUGUGGCUACUCAAUGUUACCAAAAACAUGCUCAUAAAGGAACUUGAUUUUAUACAAUUUAAGUUACGGUCCUGCUUACUUGGUCUCUCUAGAAUACUCUAAAACUCUUUUUAUGAUCAGAUUUGCAGAGAACCAUGUGGCUGAGCCUACUUCCCUACGAGGACCCACCAAACCACAGAGUGGCACAUCUUAAAAUGUUUUGUAAUGCCACGCAGUUGCUUGGCAACCAGGUCAUGGACCAUAUCUUUCUCUUUGCAAAUAAGGGUUAUGUAUAAGACUUUUUCUAUUAGAUAUUCCCCAGUCUAACAGUUAAAAGCAAUUUCCAGCAUCAGAGCAGGCCAUUUUAAACUUCUAUUUCAAUUUUGCUUUUGCAUAAUAGACUUCACCUUUUAAUUAAUUUCUCUUUCUAUCAGUCUGUAUGUAUUUGUAAACAUAUACGUGCAUAUACUUAUUCACAUAAAUUUAGGUAUAAAUAUGCAUAUAUAUAUAUACACAAUUAUGGGUGAGCAUGUAUGUACACUUAAAAAUCCAGAGAACAACGAUUCCUGACAAGGUAUUACUUAACAUGAUAAAAUUGGUAACUAAGAGGUGCUCUAUUGACCAAAAAGACAAAGAUCACAGUAAGGCCUGUAUACAAGAAUAGAGCACUAAACACAUUCUGCUAAUUUUCAUGUUAAAAAAAGAAAUACAAAAAUGUUUAAGCCUAUUUCUGUUUAAAAUAGGUCAUUUUCUUCAGUAGUUCAUGGUAUAUCAUUUUGUUAGGGUGAGCAUACGUACUUCAUGACACUUGAUUUCUCUUUUAGUCAUUAAAAAGCAUAAAAAUAAAUCUUAGUGCUUCUCUGCUUAAGGAACAAGGAAUUUCCAUUUCAUUGUUGACUUUGAUAGUGAAUGUUAUAUAGAGAGGGCAUUUUUCUUCAUUUAUCCGAUAAUCUAUGAAGUCUGUAAUUUUUUUCAGUAAUAAUGGGCUAUGGAAAGCCAGAAAUUAUAAUGGCAGUCCACUUCAGAUGCGUGUGUUACAAUGCGGUCAGAAAGAUUGACCAUUCUAUUUAAACAAGAACUUAUUUGAAUAUGAACAGGAAGAGGCUCUCAGUGAGUCUUAGAAAAUUAAACUUAAGAUACAUCAAGUUUUGUGAUUCUGCCUGACCUUGUGGCUUGGGGGAAAGCUGCCUCACUUCUGUAAGUAUUUCAGUAAGAAUGAUACAAUACACUACUUACUAUAAUGUGGAUAUAUUGUUAUAGGAUUAAAUUGCUUACUUUCCUGUUUUCAUGAUUAUGAAUACCAGAUUAAAAGAUGUUAUAUAAACAUAGAAAAUAGUAGCAUCCUUUAAUUGCUUGCUUAUUUAAAGAAUAAAUAAAUCAAUGAACUUAUUAAAGUUCUUAAAUUAAAAUAAAUGGAUUUCUGGAAAAUUCUUGAAACUGUUAUAGUAGAAAGAAAUGCAUAUUUUAGUUAUCUUUCUUCCAUUGUAUGUAUUUUGAGUGUUCUUUUUUCUAUACAUGUUGAAAAGAUAUCUAUUAAAAAAAAAAAAGUCAAUGCCACUUUGGCUCCACUUAUUAGUUAGCUUAUUCAAAUGGAUAUUUUUUUUUUUAAAAGGGCAACAAACAUCUUAGCCAUACCGAGAGAUCAUAAAAUUUUCUUUGAAAAGUAUUCUUAAUGGUGCUGUGAAUUAAGAUUAUACAAAUUAAUUACCUAUAAAAUGCUUCAACUUGAUUCUACUAUAAUAUUCUUAUCUAUUUUAUUUAAUAUUUUUAUUACAUAAGUUUCAUCUUAAGUCGAGCCAUUAAACAAUUCAUGUGCCUAAAGUAAAUCACAUAGUUAGUGACUGUGAGGAUAGUUUUGUUGUUCUGGCAAUUUACAAAUACGUUGUCUAACAGAAAAUGUUUUUCCUUAAAUUUUUGUAGGUUAUUUUCAAAUGCAGUAAUAUCUUGGAGAUUUGCUUCAGUGCUUUCAACCUUGUUUCCACACUAGGACAACAGGGUCCCACAAUUCUUUAUACACUGCUUCAGGAAGGCUUCUCAUCUCCUGAUAAACCUGAACUAUCAAAAAGGAGGAUGAUGCUGAAUUUAUUUCAUGCACAGGAAUUUCACUGCCUUCAGCUGGGACUGUUGGAAUUAUUACAAAAUGUCUUCACCAGGUUACAUCAGGGAUGCCUUGGUCUGGAAGCAAUGGAUUUGACCUGUCAUUGCAGUAGGCUUGUUGGCAGUUACCCAGUAAAAAGGCAAGUCUUGGGGAGCACAAGGUAGAAGGGAGGAAAACUGAUAAGGUAAGAAAAAUGCCAAAACAGAAAAUCCAGUUCUGCCCUGUUUUUCUAGUCUGAUACUCACUAUUAUUGUUCAAUAAGACAUUAAAACCAGGUGUCAAAGUAUGGGCAAUGUCUCUCUUCAGAUUCAUUCUACAUAUCUGAAGAGCCUGUUUUGCUCUUCCCUCCCUCUCCCCUCCACCCCCCAUAUCUUAAUCCCCAGCACUUCAAGGUGGGUGGUGCACACUGUCCUUCCACAGUAUGUAUGCACAUCGGUCGCAGCUCUGGUGCCAUUUUUCAAGGUGGGUUUAGGCACACCCUGCUUCUCUCUUUGUCAUCUACUGUAGUCAGGAAGAGCCAUUUUAAGUUGGUUGCUGUCCUAGCAAUUCUGUCUCCAAAUCAGAGGAUGGCUCAGCUGGCAGUAUGCUCACGGGGCACUGCCUUUGUUCUGCUGCUACACAGCCACCCAGCACUGGGGACGAGAGAGCACGGGUGAGAUCAGCCCCGCGUCAGGGCUUGAGACAGCAGUGUGGGAGGCUGCUCAGCACGGAUGUUACAGUGAAGCACAGUGAAAUGUCAAACACGGUAAUUUUGCGUGCUUUCUCCCGUCACCUCCCAUUGCACUGCUAGGCAAACAUUCUUAGUGUCAUCUUGAGCAGGGAAAGUUAAAAACAGAAAUCACUGCUUACUAGAGAAGAAAAAAGAACCCUUUCUCUCCACUCAGUUGGUGUCUUUUAAUUAAAAAUGUUUUUAAUGAAAGCAGAAGAAAGCAGACAUUGUCUGGCUGCCAUUGUUCUAGUUGGCAAGGUUGAAGAGCUCUAAUCCAUAAUAUCUGUAAUAUCUCAUUAAUUUAGGAUUCAUAUUUAUUGUUUUUCUUCUUUCUUGCAGUCUCAUUAAUUACAGUCUCAUCUAUAGAAGCAAGGAAUAUUCUCAAAUAAUGGAAAGGAACAUCUUUUUCAUAAUAAUUAAGCAGAGGAAUGGGGAGAGAAAGCAAAAUUGCCAUGCAUCACACAUACCAGUAAAGAGGAAAUUGUGCUGUUAAAGAGUGUUACAGGCUGAGCGGUAAUUCAUGCAGUCUUCUCUUUCUGAUACAACAGCUUCUAUGUUUUGUGGUUGGUAAAGGACCUGGAACUUGUUAUUUCUGCUUGUCAAAAUGGCAUGUUAGGAGGAUAGAGCUAGUCUUGUUUUAUAUAGGAUUUAUGCAACAUUAAUAAUGAAGUUCUAACCUGUCAGCACUUCACAAAAUCUAUUGUGCUUGGGACUGAACGUGAAAUAUUUUGGAAGAGAAUCUGUGACAAUUAUAAUAACAACCCAUCUUGAUUAUAUAUCGGGAAACAACUGUUGCAUCUAUUAAAUUCAUCACUGUCUUCCUCUGAGCUCCAUACAUAAAAACAGCUGUAUUUCCAUUUCCUUUCGUUAACAAAAGGACUAAGGCACAUCAUGAGAGAGGACAUGCACAGCUGCAGAGAUAGUCUAUAUAAUUUCCAAAUACACACAGCAGACAUUUUGCAGCACUUAAUUUCUGUGCCAGACUGGCCAGGCCAGCAGCCCUGACAGGGUGAGCAAUUCCAUAAAGGCACCUUGGAGUUAGUCAAGGAAGAAAGAGAGAGCUAUUAUGGAUUGUCUUUCCAGCAUCCUUUCUAAGCACAAACUACUGUUUCUGACAAAAGAUCAUAAGCAGAUGUUUCAAAGAAUUCAGCAUAAGAUUUUUAUAUGGUAUUUCUCUGUGGAAAUUCCUGCAUUUUUAGAUAAUCCUCUGGUACUGAUUGUCAAGGAUUUGAUUGAAACUUGAAAUAAGAGUUCAUACUCUAUCCAAUUAUACUUGUUCCUUAGUCCCAACAGAAAUUCUAGUUUGAACUAACUCAAGAUUUGAUCUUUGUGAGAAAAAUAUGUUUCUAAACAAAAUACUCAUGAUUAUACUUAGUAGUUUAAUUAAAUCCAAUAGAAGAGUAUCUGCUUGCCAGGGUACACUUUGGUUCAAUUUCACUAAGCUUUUUACCUCACAGAUCUUCUAUAAACUUUAAAUGUAUUUUAUUUAUUUACUUAUUUGAAUUUUAGAUUUGUCUACACUUAGGCAUUUUUACUCCUGUUUUAUUACACAGGUAGCAAAAAGAUGUUUUUUAAGCUAUCUUAGCUAUUUGGUAAUUUCUUAAGGGUUUUUGUUCGUUUGCUUGUAAAUAAAUUUGUGGUUUUCCCAAUAUUCUCAAUUUUCAGAUAAAACAAUUAAAGACUUGUAUUUCUUGUUCUUAAUUUUUGAAAAAGGUCUUCUGUGUAAGAUAAGUGAGAAGUACUUAGCUGUCAGGUGUUAAGCUGUUUCUUGUGAAGUAUGCUUUUUUGUCUCUCUGUAUCUGCUUCAGAAUGUCUUGUCCCAUUGGCUCAUUUCAGACAAUUUUGUGAGAGGACUCAAGGACAAUGAUAUUCAAUGCUUUUAUAUGUUUGAAAAAAAUAAUAAAAAUAUUCAGUACAGGAAAGAAAGUCUAAAUAUGUCCAGGAGGGUUUAAUGCCUCGUUCAUCUGGAAUUUCUGAAGAAUCCUUCAAAGUACCCCAAGUGAGGAAGAGGUUAAUUUUGGAGUUUGCACCUUCUUAUACAGAAAGGUGAACUGGCUUUCAAGUACAGGCCCCGAGACAACCAGACUUCCUUGGUUUUGAUGCUAUAAUGUGUAAUUUUGUUGUUGUUGCUGUUCUUUUGAGCUGAGUUGUAGGGCUGGAAAGAGAAAGGAACACACAGAAAAGAAAAGAAGGCAUGUGGAAGUUGAAAAUAUAAGCACAAACAGCAGAGAUAUUUUUCAUUUUGAUAAUUUAAACCCAAAUAGCCCAACUUGAAAGUUUCCUCUAAAAAGUGAUUUCUUGCAUACAGAGGAAAACUGUUUGUUCUGUAUUUCAAAGCUAUGACUGUUGUUUUGGAUGCAUCCAAUUAGGUCAAACCCCAUUGAAUAUUCUGAUAACAUUGCCAUAAUUUGUUUGAAUAAUUCUUCAUGUUGGUUUGGUUUGGACCUGAAUUACAGUUUUCAGUUUCUCUUGCAAGGGGAAAUUUAUUGAGAAAUAUCAAGGCAAGAUUUUGUUUCUGUUUGAAAUUUCAAGCAAGAGCAAAAAAGUUGAGAACUGGAGAUCAGUUAUCUCAUGUAUUCUCUUUUAGUUUGGUGGACAGGAAAGUCAGAAGUUUUAGUUCAAACCCCUCAUCUUUCAUGCAGCCAUUAUUACCACCUUGACCCUAGUCAUUCUCUCACUUUUCUUUGUAAAGUAAACACAGACACAGUGUGUUAGAGUAUGGUCUGCAGAUCAAAAUGCAUACCCCUUGGAGAGUUCUGAGGAAAAGAUGUGAGAGAGUGGACUAUCACUACACUGUCAAGUCAAUUACAUGUUAAAUGUUAAUAGUAUAGUUCAAGUGACAAUUAAGGGUCUCCAAGCAAUCUAUUUUUUUUUAAUGAAUUUGCCUUUUAAAACCAUAGGAUGUACGUUUACAUGUCAACUACCGUUUUAUUACAGAUUUUUAUUCACUAUAUCACUUUUUUUUUUUUUUUUUUUUUUUUUUGUCUAAGAAAAUUUGUAGUCAUCAAUAAGGAAAGGAAAAAUUCUUCAUCCAAUAUUUAAAGUCUUAUUAUGAAAUGAUUAUGGCCUGUUGAUGAGUCAGUGCUUGUGGAAAAAUCUUGUAGGUCUCAAUCUCCAGUAAGAGACUUUGGGUGAUUCAUUCCUGGGAUCCAGUGUGAAAUUCCUUAUGCACCCUCUGAAGCUUUGGUACAAGUACUCAUUAAUUGUAUGAGUACAGAUGAUGGUACCAUCAUUGGCAUGACUUCGUGUACUUUGGGGGUUAUCUUUAAUCCGGUCCUAUGGAGCGAAUUAGCAUUUUGGUGCCUCCUUUGGGGAAAUGUUGUGAUUUAAUUUUGUGCAAAAUGAAUCCAGCUGUUGUGUUCAGGGACAUUGUAAACUAAGCAAGGUGAGGGCAGGUGAUCUGGAGAUUUACAUCAACAGUAUCACCUCAUCUAAACAGAAAUGUUGAUGUAGUAAACACAUCGGUUGGCUCCAGCAUUAUGAAGCUAAUGGUGUACUUCAGAAAGGGGUAGAGGAUGAAAGUGUAAGCAGUGGAAGUUAAAUCAGGGCUUUGAAAAUUCUGUGGGUGUUAACAAUCCAAGGUUAAUUCUUCCAUCCAAUGAGGUACAUCUUCUUUAAUGAGAAAGUCAGGCUGACAAUAUUCUGUCAGCCGGAUGUAGGGUAUAUUUUUAAGAUUUGCAUCUACAAUUAAGCAAUAUUUGCACUGAUUAAAAAUGAAACAUAUUUAUGUCUUCAGUUCAUCUUUGCCAGCCAAUAAAAUUAGUUUAUGUUUAUGUUCAAUCCCAUCAAAUUUGGUAUGUCAUCAGCAUUAUAAUGGUCUGCCUUGGAGCUUUAAAGAUACUUGGAAUAACAUUUCUUAUUUUCAAGUGAAAUGAGCUGGUGUUGAGCAAGAACUGUCUUUGGUUCAAAUGUUGUGUUUAGCAAUAAUGUAAAUAGGCAGUUUGAACUGCAUGAAAACCAUUGAGCAAAAUUUAAGGGCUGCAUGCAUAGCUAGUAUCUGUUUCAUAGCUGCUUUCUUUUUAAUGCUUUGUACAUUUUUAUAUUCUGCAAAUUCUUCAUUCAGUUACUUAGUUGAUGGUUUACGCUGUAUUAUUUUUUUUUAGCAGAGCUCUGUCCUUUAGCACCUUUUAGAAGAACCCUAAUUUUCCAAAUGUGCUUAGUGGAAAUGAUUUUGUAACCUAAAAACAAGAGAAAGGAUGUAAAUGGGUAACAUUAGGUUAUUUUGGAUGAAACUGUGUUUUAAGACAUCUAAACUACUUUCACUUUCAUGGUAUUAUGAAGGCUUUGGUAAAGUUGAUCACAUAUUUUUUAUUAUGAAAUUAUUUCCUUUUAACUUGUACUUGUUAAAAAAGUAGCAUACAGUUUGACUGUAAAAUUCAAUGUGGGUCACUGCCUUUAAAACAGCACAGAUAGGAUUUUGAUGUAAUGAAUAAUGGUGCAGAACAAGUAGGCUGACCUGAGUAAUAAAGAAAUGAACCAGCUUCAAGUUUUAUUCAAUAGAGAUUUCCACUGAAACAGCUCCAGCUGUUUCCAUGAGAAUUUGGAAUAAAUAAACUACCUUCUGGUGCUGCUGAGCAGCAUACAAAGUAAAGAUGUCAGUAAGUCAAGACUGGUAUUUUAACUUAAGGUUCAAAUAGCCAAACUAAUGGACAAGUUCCUUUAUAAUAGGUUGUAUCCCCAUGUGUGGCACUGGGUGGGAAUGACAACUGAAAAUGGUUCAGAGAAGCAGAAAAUAUCACGGAUGAGAAAAACUGACCCAAAACACAAUGGACCAAUUUUGAUAUGAUUGGUCACGAUCAAAAGUAACUUUAUGGAUUUAAAUUAUUCCUCAGAACAGUCCCAAAGUUUAUUCUGCAUGCUUUCACAGACACCUCUGAGGUAAGCUUGUAUCCAGCCUUUGUACAGUCUUUGGAAAAUGUGCGCAUAUUCAUUCUAGAGCUGGGCAAUCCUAGGAGCUUCUCUCACAGCAAAAUAACAAGAGAAAGGAGAGCAGUGAAGUGAACCAGGAACUCAAGUAGCCUGUGCUGCCUCCGCAAAAGGGCAGGCAGCACACUAUCAGCUCAGAGCUUGAUGACCUAUGUAUGACAAAUGAUUAUCACAUCUUGUGUGUGUGAUUUGCAGAACACUGUAACAGAGCCAAAAAUGCUGCCAAAGUGAUGUAAACUGGAAGACGUAUGCUAAGAAUAGAAGAAAGGGAUUUCAGAGCUUUUUUUUCCCUGAUGCAGCCUUGGUGGCCACAUGUUUUGGACUAGCAAAUUAGGUUCCAGUAUAUAUAGAGAUCUGUUUAUUAUAUAGGGCUCACUGUGGGGUAGUGAAAAAAACCCAAGCCAUUGCAGUGUGAAUUAUUGUCCCUUUCUUAGCACCGUUGCAUAGACACAACCCAAGAUAGAGAAGCUAGAAAGUGCCUUCAGAUGAGGUGGUGGAAGAGACCAUGUACAGCCCAGGUGUUGAGUGCUAAAAAUAUUUUUUGUCACAGGCAAAGAUGAGCAGAAGGCAGAGGGGAGCAGUGGUGAAACUCUUGAGGCCUCGCAUCAAACUCAGUUUUUAUAAAGGGAAUCCUCCACCUAAACAAACUGGAAGUUCAACUGGUGUUGCACUCUCAUUAAUGAUCAAGCCAAUGCGUGCUUUCAAGUUGGCAGGACAUUUUUUUUAACAUGAGACACAAUGUAGUGGCAAUGAUCUGGUCAAGCUGGCAUUGGCUGCUCUUGCUUUCCCAUGGCCCGGGUACCCUGUGCUUCUCUGUACCCCUGGCAGGUCUUUCAUUAUGGGGUUGCAUCUUUCUGUGUCCAGCUGAGGUUUUGCUGCAACCCUACAGGUCAUUGUUUGUCCGAUUUUUGUUUGUGUUUUUUGUUUGUUUGUUUUUGUUUUUGUUUGUUUGUUUUUCCUCAGUCUACAUUCUGAAAAUAAUCUGAGACAACAUAUAUAAACAACUUUCAACAUAAUUAAUUUGUCCCAGAAAUCAAACCUGGAAGCCUAGUAACCUACAUUAAAUGUCCUAAUUCCCCACUAAGACAUAAAUCUCUGGAUUGUUUUUAGUACACACAGACCACCUGUGUCAUACAAUCUGCUUUAAAAAAAAAAAAAA